AUGGCUCCUCGGUUCCAGAAUGCAAAUAAAGAUGGGUGGAAACCUCCAGUUGCUUUUGGUAGACAAACUCCGCUGCCAGAAGGAGUCAAGCUUCUCCCAGGUCAAAGUAUGCGUGGCUUCUAUCAGCGAACGCAGCAGGGUACUUCUGGGCGUCCGUCCGGUUGGACUCCUCCGGUCGCAUUUGGUCGAGAAACACCCCUCCCCGAUGGGGUUAACCUUGUCCACGGUGAGUCUAUGAGAACAGCGAAACCAAUUCAGGAAAAAUGGAUACCACCAAUUGCUUUUGGCGAGGCUCCACUGCUUCCAGACGGCAUCAAGCUCGUUCACGGGCAAUCGAUGAUGGAGCAGUUUCAACCAAAGCCUCAGCCAGAAACCGAGAGCAAAUGGAAGCCGCCAGUUGCUUUUGGACGAGAAACUCCACUUCCGGAAGGAAUUCAACUGACGCACGGCGAGUCGAUGCAACGCCAGUUCCCGAAAUUAGAUUCUGUGGACACGGCAUCAGAGGAAUCAUCGUGGAAACCACCAGUUGCAUUUGGAAAACCUCCUCCACUGCCAGAAGGUAUUUCGCUCGUUCACGGGCAAAGCAUGAUGGACCAGUUUCAACCGCCAGCACAGCCACAGCCGAAACAAGAAGCAUGGAAGCCACCUGUUGCGUUUGGCUCAGCACCUCUUCUACCCGAUGGCAUUAAACUUGUGCACGGAGAAUCGAUGGUUAAACAAUUCGUUGCUCAAAAAGCAGAGCAGCAGCAAGCUCAAGAAUUCAUCGAAGAAAACCUCGCUCGUGAAGAAGAUUCGACAACGAAAUCAUCGACAGCCACAACAGCGACCACUAAAGAAACAACUACGACUUCCAACUCCAGCGCAUCAACUGCUAAGACGACAACAACUACCUCAACAACAACUACGACAACGACUACAACUACGACUCAAAACGCAGACUCUAGCGCAGCGAAUCCAAGCAUCGCUUUUGCCGUCGCUCUCGUUAUCUCGCUCUUCCUUCUAUAA